UCAUUCUUUAGCAAACACCACACCACAACUCUCUCUCUCUCUGUAACAUCAUAGUACGCAAAACCCAGAAAAUGAAGCAAAAGGUGGUCAUUAAGCUUUCUAUGAACAAUCACAAGUCUCGUGCCAAAGCCUUGAAGAUCGCCGUCGGUCAGCAAGGAGUGGAGUCUGUAGCCAUAAAGGGGAAGGAAAAUAACCAGUUAGAGGUGGUGGGACAGGUGGACGCGGUGGUGCUAGCCACUCUGCUAAGGAAGUGCUUGGGCAAGGCGGAGCUGGUGAGCGUUGGGGCCGCCGCCGGCGACAAAAAUGCAAACAAGGCCGAGACUCCGGCGGCCCAAGUGCAACAUUAUGGGUAUAUCUACCCUUCUUAUUCCCAGUACGUGGUGCCGUACCACAUGUAUUAAUUCAUUAGCUAUUAGGAGUAUUACCCCUGUUACUUCUUUUUUUUUUUGUCGUCUAAAAGUGUGCUAGCCGAUAAGCAGAAAAUUAAUAUUCCGUCCUAACGAUCAGCACACUAUGUGAUAGUGAAUCGAUUAGCACACUAAGUGAUAGUGGACUGGCCAAAUAGUUUGUAAUGCAAAACAGUAACAAAUGGAACAACGGUGAUUAUAUAUAAUUAAAGAAGAAAAGAUUAUUAGAAAACGCUUUGAUUGGAUACGAA